AUGCAGGCCGCCAUCGAGCCUUUUAGCGGCAAGAACUGGUCAUCCUGGAUCCAGCGCCUGACCUUCUACUUCGUGGCGAAUGACACUCCUGGAGAGGUGGGCUAUGCCGACAUAGUUGCCCUUCUGCAGAGGCACUUCGAUCCGCGACCGUCUGAGUUGUACAGCCGGUACGUGUUCCAGCGACGCGACCAGCGGCCGGAAGAGUCGAUCAGCAACUACGUUGCAGCCCUCAGAAGCUUGUCAGCUGACUGUAACUUCGGAGUGCCAGCGACAACGUCUGCUACAUCGACGCCACCGGCAGAAGGUCACGCAGCCGUUCUGGCGAACCCCACCAUGCUGCCCCAAGAUGUGAUGCUUCGCGACAGGUUCGUGUGCGGCAUCCGCGACGAGAAUCUGCAGCAGCGACUGUUCGCGGAGAAAGACUUGACUUUUCAACGCGCGUUGGACUUGGCACUGUCGUCCGAAAGUGCGUCAAAGCAGCAACGAGGGCUUAAGGGAGCGACGAGCUCCGCGGAGGUGCACAAGACUUCGCAGUCUAAAAAGGAAAGCACACAUUCGGCUCAGCAACGGCGCUGCUACCGAUGCGACGGCUGGCACGAGGCUGACACCUGCAAGUUCAGGACAGCGCAAUGCCGUUUUUGUUCCAAAAAGGGUCACAUCGAGAACGCCUGCAUCUCCAAAAAGAACAAAAACAAAGAAGGCAACCUCAACGCCCGGCAAGGAACUCACAUGGUUAACGCCCAACAUGUGUGCUACGACCUCGAAGACACCGAUAGGUGCUACGACCUACAUGCUGACUACGUGCUGCCCCUGCUGGUAAUGAAAGGGACUGGGAGCAACCUGCUCGGACGUGACUGGUUUUCAGCACUGAACAUCCGUGUCCACGGAAUAAACCAGGUCGCCGAACCAAGUCAAGAGAUCCAGGCGGUUCUUGCACGCCAUCCUGAUGUAUUUAAGGGAGGUAUCGACGGCUACGUGGGUCCAUUGGUUCAGUUGGACUUGGAAGAAGGCGCUACACCCAAGUUUUGCAAAGCACUUCCAGUGCCCCUAGCUUACCAAGAGCCUAUGGAGGAAGAGCUCGGCCGCCUGCAAAAGCAAGGCAUCCUGGAGCCGACGCAACACGCCGAAAUGGCCACACCUUUGGUAGCGACAGUAGCUGCAGAGUUGUAUGGGCUUCUCGAGAAGAACACGCCCUGGAAGUGGGAGAAAAAACACCAGGAUGCGUUCGAGAUGCUUAAGAAGAUGAUUCGGUCUUCGACAGUCCUUGCACAUUAUGAUGAAAAAAGGCCUCUCAUUCUGCCUGUGGAUGCGUCACGAUACGGCAUCGGCGCAAUUCUCGCUCAAAAGGAUGCGUUCGGCCGAGAGGCUCCAAUUGCAUUCGCGUCACGAACUUUGGGAACCGCUGAGAAAAACUACUCGCAGCUCGAUAAAGAAGGCCUUGCGGUAGUUUAUGGCGUCAGCCACUUUCACCAGUAUGUCGCUGGCCGGCACGUGACCGUAUUAACGGAUCACCAACCGCUCCUAGGCAUCAUGGGGGAAAAGAAGCAAAUCCCUCAGAUAUUGUCACCGAGGAUGACUCGAUGGUGUCUUAAAUUGGCCACAUAUGAUUAUGACUUGGUGUACCGGCCUGGACGUCUGCACCAAAAUGCUGACGCGUUCAGCAGGCUGCCACUGCCCGCGCAGGUAUAUGAGCCACGCUUCCCGGGAGAUGUGCUUAUGCUUGCAUCCGCGCCACGUUUCGAGCUGUCACCGCGUCAACUGGCUGAGCUCACCCGGAGUGACCCACUGUUAUCCCGCGUGAUGACAGCCAUCUCAAACGGAGAAGUACGCCGGUUGCCAAAGCAGGAAUUUUCGGCGUUCACAAAGCUUGGACACGAGCUUUCGCUACAGGAGGGCUGCGCCAUCCGGGGUGCCAGACUGGUCGUUCCAGAGAAAGCAAGGAAAGACGUGCUCGACUUAGCACAUGCAGGUGACAGGGGCGUGGUAGCUAUGAAGGCGUGCGCUCGAGGCUAUUUUUGGUGGCCCGGUGUCGACAACGACAUAGAGCGGGUGGUCAAAAGUUGUGCAACUUGCUGCCAGCACCAGAAAACGCCAACUAAAGCACCAGCUCCCGAGUGGAAACGUGCGACAACACCAUGGCACACAAUCCACGCGGACUUCGCUGGGCCUGUGGAGGGAAGGAUGCUCCUAAUUGUAGUCGACGCAUACAGCAAGUGGCUCGAAGUGCGCACCAUGCGGAACAUACAGUCGCCGACACUGAUCGAGGAACUGCGAAACCUGUUCGCAACUUUCGGCAUUCCCGAAAGGGUGGUCACGGAUAACGGUCCGUCCUUUGUUUCUGCGGAAAUGGAAGAAUUUCUGAAGAAGAACCGGGUGACGCACAUCACAAGUGCACCCUAUCAUCCGGCCACGAAUGGGCAAGCCGAAAGAAUGGUGUAUGAAACGAAACAGGCACUUGCAAAGGAUCAGUCGGGUACAUUUGCGUGCAGGCUGGCUCGUUUUCAGCUGAAACAGCACACCACCGUUUCAGUAACGACGGGCAAAACGCCAGCUGCACUCAUGUUCGGCCGCGAGCUCUCAACGGCACUGACACGCAUUCAGCCGCGACCAGCUGAGAGGGUGACCACUGACCACAGCGUUACUAAAUCGCCAAGAAAGGUAGCCAUCGGGCAACCAGCCUUUUUCCGCAACUUUGCAGGAAGUCCUGCUUGGGUUGGCGGAACCGUGUUAAAGAGACUCGGACAUCGAUGUUGGCUAAUCAAGUCAAGAAGCGGAACGGUUCGUCGGCACCUUGAUCACAUAAAGCCAGGUGCAGAGGCCUACCCGACAGAAGAUUCGCCGCGGAACGAUCAAACGAACGGACCAGUAGCAAGUGAUCAACAAGACACAGUGCCGGCUCCGUACGUGAUCUCGCUCCCAGCGGAAGCGCCGCCGCCGCAUGAUCUGCCCACAACGCCCGACUCCGAGCAUAGCGAAGCUGAGGCCAGGCUGGACACUUGUGCGACGCAAGCUCGCGAUGACCAACCCAGCGGGUCCGCGCAGCACCAAAGUGCGCCUAGGCCCCAACGUGAUCGGCGUCUACCUGACCGAUACGGUGACCCCGUCUAA